AUGCAUAUUCUUGGUCUUUGCAAUGGCUCUGUCAAUGGGAACUCUGAGAUCCUACUCAAAGCAGCCCUUAAAGCUGCUAAAACCACCGAUUUGUCAAUCUCUAUGUCUUGGAUUCAUGUACCUACCGUUGCACUACCAAGACAACACCUGCCCUUUAGAGAUGAUCCAUCUGUGAUCCCGUAUCGCGAUGAUGGAGAAGAACACCAAUCGAGAAAGAGCGAGACUGACGACCGUGAGGCUGUGUUUGAAGCUAUCAUGAACGCGGACGCCAUCAUUAUUGCUAGUCCGGUAUACAGCCACCAACCUGCCGGAACCCUGAAAGCUCUUGUGGAUGCCAUCCUUGGCCCCUACGCUGAUGUGUGCAUGACUUAUGAUAUCAAGCGUCGACAGGAAGAGGGCGAUGCGUCUGUCAAAGACGUGAAGCUUGAUCUACGAGACUUCAAGCCUCGUGUGGCUGGGUUCAUUGCUGUUGCUGGGUCUGACCCUAAAUUCCCGGAGCAGUGGACAAUGGCUCUACCAACAAUGCAGACAUGCCUAUACCCCAUUCACUCCCGCGUAGUUGAUCAGGUUGUAUUAUCAGGUUAUGCAAGCCAAGGAGCGGUAUUGACAGAUUCCGGAGCUGCUGUCGAACGUGCUGAGCUGUUGGGUCGUCGCGUGGCUAGUCAGAUGGGAAAGCCAUACGACGAGGCACAGUAUCUAGGGCCCGAAGAGAGUGGUAGUUGUCCUUACUGCCAUCUACUCAAGAUUGAGUUUCGCGAGGGAAAUAAGGUUGCUUGCAUCGUAUGUGGCGCAAAUGGCAUCCUGGAACUUGGACCUGGGGGCAAUAUUCGACCAAAAUGGGAAGAGGACUCAACGGUUAGUUGUCUGACACUCAAAGGUAAAUUGCAACACAGAUAUGACGUCCGGGAUAAAAUGAGCUUGGAGAAACCAAAGCUCGCGUCUAUUUCUUCUGCUUUUGCCAAAUGGAAGAGUUUGGAAUUCCCUCGAGUCCCUCUGCCAAGCUUACAGGAGAGAUUUCCAGGCCUACUAUGA